GAAGAAAAAGGCGUGCUAGCUUUAAUAGAAAACGUUCUCGUUCUACUCAUUCAUUUUUUUCCUAAUAACAACUUCUUUACUAAAAUCGUGUCCUUAGCUUGACCUGUGCGUCUGACUAGUUGACAAAGAAAGAUAGAAACGGAGGUGUAAAUUCCGGGAGGGAAUAUUGCGCUAGGGUUUCUGCCAGAAAAGCCCGUUAAAUUUGAAUGUCGGAGUCUUUCCAUCAAUUGACCAUCCAGAACGCUUCAAAUCCGCUGUUUUCUUGAAAAUUAAAGAUUUAUAGUACUAUCAAUCUUGCUUCAGUAACUUCUGCGAUUUUCAGCCAUGACUGAGUUUUGGGUUAGUCAGGGUAACAAAUGGUGUGACUUCUGCAAAAUUUUCAUAUCCAACAAUCCUUCCAGCAUUAGGAACCAUGAGCUUGGUCAACGUCACAAAGAUAAUGUUGCCCAAAGGCUAAAUUCCAUGAGAGAGCAGAAACUUGCUAAAGAGAAAGAACAAAAGGAAGCUGCCCAUGCUCUUGAACAAAUUGAAGCAAAAGCUAAGCGCAGCUAUCAGAAGGAUAUGGCAAGUUUCCAGGAAGCAAGAGAUUCUAAUUUACAGGCAUUGGUGACUCAAGGUGAUGGCAAUGGGACUGCUAAUGGGUUUUCUGGUGAGUGGGAGAUGGACGGCUCAUCAGGCUACUACUACAAUCAAACCAGUGGUUUCUACUAUGAUCCAAAUUCUGGCUUCUACUACACUGAAGCUCUUGGUAAAUGGGUGCCACAAGAAGAGGCACUUGCGUCAAUUCGCGUUACUUUAGGAUCCAUCCAAAAGAAACUUGCUCUUAAAAAGCCAUCAUCAUCAGAAACUGGACCAUCAACAUUGCAUAAUAAAGGUUCUGUAACCUCUCAAAGUGCACCUCCACCUGGGCCCGUUGUUUCAAAUGCAUUAAAUCCUAUGAGAACUGCCAAGGGUGCUCCUUCGAAACUCACUCUCAACAAGCGGAAAAGGCAAGAUGAGAAGCCAAAAGUUGUAUCUGCAGAGGAAGUAGCUGCGCUUAAAGCAAGGGAAGCUGCUAAGAAAAGAGUUGAAGAGAGAGAAAAGUCGUUGCUUGGUUUGUAUAAGCACUGAAUUGUACUUGCUUCUGAUCUCUCCUUUUGAACAUAGCAGGUAUGACUUGCGGAGGAAAGUCUAGUUUUGAUUUAGAUUAAUAAAAGUUUACCGUAUUACAUUCCUGACAGCCAGAACAUUUGCUUGGUCCAGUAACUUCUUUUGAAUCUGAGGACAAAUUAAGUCCGAGACUUUUUUCCUUAGCUUCAUCUCCCUGUCCUCACCCUUCAAUGUGCUAAAUGGUAUUCUUCGACUUUUUGCCUGUUUGAUGUGACAUAUUUCCAUUUUGAGGUGCUUUGGCUUUCAAUAUAACUCCUGAAUUUCACAUGUUAUGUUCCUAUCCUAGGAGAGCAUUCUGUCAACCCAUUUGUAUAUUUUAUUUAUUCUCGAGUGAAAUAUGAUGUAUCUUCUUAGGAGGGUAUCAUUAUUCAGGGACUGGGGCCAGAACAAAUGUCUUGUUCUAUGUAAUGCUGGAGGAAAUUGAAAAACAGUAGAUCAUGACAGUUCAUUGAUAAUGGACAAACAUUUGUUUUCAAUGAUUUAUAGAUGAGAAUGUGAAAAGGGUUUAUGUGGCAGUUGUAGUAGCUUGGUUGGGCCAUAGGCUAAACCACUUAAAAACCCAAGUGAUGUUCUAGUCCCUGUGAACCCGGACUUUUGCCAUUGGGUCCUGAUAAGUUUCUUUGAUGAAGGAAGGGAAUUAUUGUACACUUGCACUGUUUUUCCAUUAUACUUUCACAGUUGGUGGUGCAAACAUAUCUCAUAAAAGCACACUUUCAUGCCAAGACAUAAAGCAAUCAAGAAAAAAGAAAAAGCAGGAGGGUCAAAAGAAAGAAAUCUGGUUCACCUUUGGCCAUACCACUUUGACUACUCUUUCGGUUCAUCACCGACUGACUUGACUUUCCCACCCCCUUCUGAGCACGUUGCAGGAAUUGUGUAGUAGAGUACUUUCUGCUGCAUUGCAGAGCGAGUCCUGCAAUGUGUAAUUCCUUCGUGGGCCAGCCAAUUAUAGAUGAAAACACAGGUUGGGAAAGGAGAUCUUCAAGCUGCCCUUUUAUCUUCUUUUCAUUUUGGCGGUGGACUGAUACGAACAAUUUAACAGUGUUGGCUGUGCUAUUUCAGCUGGAUGUAGAGUAAACAGUGGUGGUUUGCAUUGUAGCAUAAGAAAACGAAAUACUAUGGUGGCAUCGCUUUGUUAGUAUACUACGAUAUGUUAGAUAUGAAAAACAAACAUUUUGAUCUGUUUUUUCAGAAAUGAUUCUGCAGCAUGAUGCGUUUGUGAGGGAGUACUACAUGCUCUCUAUCUUUUUUACA